UCUUUCUAGGAAUAUAUAAAAUUUCGCUAUUGACAGUGAAUUUCAAAAUCCAGCCUAUAGAGAAGAUGCUCUUCGCGCACGUGACUUCUUAUAUGAAGUCCUUUCCAACUUUUUGGGGGCUACGCUUGAUUUAUUUGUGCUGCACUUUUUGCACUUAGAAUCUUCGCUUUCUCUCUCGCCAACGCCCGAAUGUAUAUGUAUCUCGUUUUAAAGUGCAAAAACGUGCAGAAAUUUCAAACAAGACGAUACAUCUUUUGUUUAACGGUAUUGGCGGUAUUUCUGCAUGUACGAGAUGGUACGAGAUGAACAACCGUGCGAAUUGGAUAAUAGAGAAAAUCGGCUAUCUCACUUUCAGGCGUAGCUAACGUUUUCAUUGUUAUCGGCGUGUUUCAUUUAUCGUGUUCCAUAAUAUUUGCAUCCUUUGCGUACAAAACACGGCGUUAUUGAGACUUAACCUAUCAAGAUGGAUAACAGAGAGAAUGGAAUUAUCACCUACAUAUAUCUGGAAAAUUUUGUGACUUAUGACAAGAUAAUAGUGAAGCCUGGAAGAUAUCUCAAUGUGAUUAUCGGACCUAAUGGUUCCGGCAAGUCAACCAUCGUUGCUGCUAUAGUUCUCGGUUUAGGAGGCAAGCCCAGCAUCAUAGGGCGGGCUCAACAUGUAGGAGAAUACGUAAAGUAUGGGCAGAAUUCAGCAAAAAUAGAAAUUCAUCUGAAAAACGGCUCUAAACGAGAUUCUGUGGUAACAAGGAUAUUUAGUAAGGAAGGAAAAUCCACGUGGAUGAUUAAUGGUGUUCAAGCAACUGUAAAAACUGUACAGGAAUUCACAACCAGUCUUAAUAUCCAGGUUGACAAUCUUUGUCAGUUCUUGCCCCAAGAUAAAGUACAAGAUUUCUCAAAAAUGGAUCCUCAAGCAUUAUUGGAAAAUACAGAAAGGUCUGUCGGAGAUCCAAAACUUCUUGAGUAUCAUCUGGAAUUGAAAAACCAAAGAACCACUUUUAAGAAACUAGAAUCUGAUGUAAGCAAUACAAAACGGAUAUUAGAAUCUAAAAUUCAGAGGCGUGAUGGGCUACAACAAACAGUUGCAACAAUAAAAGAGAGAAAGUUAAUAAAGAAAAAGAUAACAACACUGAAACAAAAAAGAGCAUGGAUGCAAUAUGAUCAAAUGCGGAGGAAGCUAGUAGAGUCAAAGAAAACUAGAGAUCAAGCAGCAAGACAAAUGCAAUCAAUAGAAACAGAAUUACAUCCGUUAAAUGAAAAGAUUGAAAAAACAAAAUCUGACAUUGCAAAAUUAAAAACUUCAAUAAAUGAUUAUAACAAUAAAGUUCAAACUAAGAAUAAAAAAUUGAAAAACAUAAUGAAUGAGAUUCUUAACUGUGAAAAUAAGAUUAAAGAUGUUGAAGAAACAUGUUCUCGACAGAUUCAAACAGAACAGAAUCGAGAUCAAGAGAUUAAUCUCGCGCAGCAGCAGAAAAGCAAAUUAGAAAACGACUUUUCCCUCGUGAUUAAUGAAUUUGGAUCAGAGGAAAGUUUAACGCAGCAACUGAAAAAUAUAGUAGCUAAUAUGGAGGAACAUAGAGAAAUUACUAAUAAUCUUACCACUAAAGAUGUAUCAUUGAAGCACGAGGAUAAAAACCUUAACCGUGAAAUAAGUUAUGUACAAGCAGAACUCCAGAAUCUUAAUAUUGAUGUGAAACGAUUAGAAUUAUUGAAACAAAGAGAUGUGAAUGCAUACAAAGCUGUACUUUGGUUAAAAGAGAACCAAGAUAAAUUUUCAGCGACAGUGUAUCAGCCCAUGUUGCUCAACAUUAACGUAAAAGAAGUUUCAUAUGCAAAAUAUUUAGAAAAUAUAAUACCGCCUCGAGAUCUAGUUGCAUUUGCAUGCGAAGAUAAACGCGAUAUGAAUUUACUUUUGAAGUAUUUGAGGGAUCAACAGAAACUGAAGGUUAAUGUAGUACAUUCCGAUCCAAUGAAAAGAAUCUCCAUGCAACCAAAUAUACCAAUAGAAAAUGUUAAGAGAUUUGGCUUUAAGCAUUAUUUAGCAGAACUUAUUGAAGCACCAGCCUCUAUAAUGAAAUAUCUAAUUUCAAUGUAUCGUUUACACAAUAUCCCUGUUGGAACUAAUGAAGUCGAGAAUAAUACAAAUUACAUACCUCGAAAUUUAAGUUGUUAUUUUAGUGAAAACAAUAUUUACUCCGUAAGUACAUCUAAGUACACAAACGAAAUAUCGACCAGAAUAUCACGGGUCAAUGGAAAUGGAAUGUUGUCUAUUGUUACGGAUAAAACUAAACUACAGAAACUCCAAGAAAGAUUACAAAAUUUUCAAGAAAAAAGGGAUCAAAUCGCAAUUCAGAUUAAAGAAAUAGAAACUAAAAUGCAUGAGGAAACUAAAGCCUUAGAUGAGUAUAGGGCCAGCAGGAAAAAAUAUCAACAAAAUAUUCAAAACAUUCAAGCGUUAAAGAGUAGAAUACACAUAGCUGAAAAUAAAAUUAAACAGAUGGAAACGGAACGGAUGAGUAUUGAUGAUAUAAAGGCAACAUGCACUAAGGAGAUUAAGGCUAUUAUAAAGAAACAAUUAAAAAUGUAUAAAGAAUUUAAUUCAGUUCUGCAAGAAUAUUUCGAUUGCAAUACAAGCAAUGCAGAAGUUAAAUUUGCAAUGACAUUAUUACAACAAACUUUAAUGGCCAAAGAAAAUGCAGCCGAGGAAUUGAAGGAUAAAUUUCUAACGGCAGAGAGGAUAUUUAAACAGCACGAUGAAGAAUAUCAACCCUUAAGGAGAGAAACUGAAAGAUUAUAUAACGAAGCACUGGUACUCACAAGUAAUCUUAAUCCACAAGACAAAGCGUUUAAGCUUUUUAAUAAAGCUUUCGAAAAAUUGCCAGCUACUAUAGCUGAAAUAAAUAAUGAAUUAAAUGUAGCUCAAGCAAAAGUUUUUUGUAUGGCGAAGAAUGUGGAUGCCGAAAAUAUAUUACGCGAAUAUGAAGAAAUGCAAGCUAGUAUUCAAAACUUAACUGAAUUUAUUAAGGAAAACACUAUCGAACUAGAGCAAAUGACAAAAAGGAUUGAGAAAUUAAAAGAAAAAUGGUUAAAACCAUUGGAGCAAUUAGUUGAAAAGAUAAACUCAAAUUUUAGUUCUUACUUUUUCGCGAUGGAUUGUGCCGGCGAAGUUACACUCUCGCAUGGAGAAAAUGUUUUGGACUUUGAUCAGUAUGGUCUAAAAAUUAAAGUCAAAUUCCGAGAUGCAGACGAAUUGCAAGAGUUAACAAGGCAUUUUCAGAGUGGUGGUGAAAGAACGGUAACCACCGCCAUUUAUAUGAUAGCGCUGCAAGAACUGUCGCGCGUACCUUUUCGCUGCGUUGAUGAAAUUAAUCAGGGUAUGGACGCAGUGAAUGAAAAACGUGUCUUCGAUUUACUCGUCAAAAUGACAGGAAGGCUGGGCAGUUCCCAAUAUUUUUUACUCACUCCAAAACUUUUGCCAGAUUUAACAUAUACCGAGACAGUGACAGUGCAUUGCGUAUUUAACGGGUCAGUUAAGGCAGAUGAUCAAGAGUUUUCAUUUGAUAUAGAGGAUUAUUGCAAUUCUUUGAUCGACUCAGCUAAUUAAUUAAUAGAAAAAAAUAUGUCGUAGAAGUUGAUCUCGUUCCUUAUGUAAAUAUGAAGAUGCAAAUAAUAGUUACAUAGAAAUUUAUUUUAUUUUUCAUGAAGUUAUACACGCUGAAUUUUUUUUUUAAGUGUAUAUAGAAAGUGUGUGCUCAAACUAAUAUCUUCAUAAAACAAGAAAAUAGAGAUUAAAGAUAUUUCGAUAAGAUAAACUAUUUUUUUGUUAGCAUUAAAACAUGAUAUGAUACUUUGAUAAUUCAUUUAACAUACGCUUUGUAUAAAUAUUUGUAUUACAUUGAAACUAUUUUUAAUGUUUAAAAAA